CUUGCWGGAAGCGUGAUUAUAUUCUUUACAAUGUUACUAAAUAUGAGAUGAUAAACGCAUGUAACCAGUUUACACUUACUUCGUAUACACUGUAGCCAGAUGCUUAUGCAGAAAUAUAUUCGACUGUGUGGCUCGUGCGCCCGCCUCAUCUCGCCCCUCCACAUGCGCAAGAGAAUAUGGAAGGAACUAGCAAAUCGAUCACUCGUAUCAUCAAGACGUUAUUGUAACAAUCAUUUGGGAGAUUUAUACAGGAAUGAGUCUGUACAAAGAUAUCUUCGGCAGCUUGUGGAAGAGUACAGAGAUGUCACCAAAACAUUACAACAUGGGUUUCUCAACGAGCCCGCCAGGAAAGAGUUGAACAAGAGACAGGUGGGACUUUCACCAGUGGCCACUGCGUUUCAGAGCGCUGAACACGCCGUGAAAGACCUAGAGGAGGUUGAAACUCUGCUUCAGAGGACAGUCGGUUCCAAAGAGGAAGACCGACAAAUGGUMCAGCUACUGAAAGAGGAACAAGCACAGAUCACCCAAAGAAUCGAGUCAUUGAGAAAAGAUUUGAUCCAGACACUAGUACCCAGUGACCCACACGACACCAGUAAUGUCCUUCUGGAGGUGGUAACGGGGCGGACAACAGGAGGUGACAUCUGUCAACAGUUCACCAGAGAGAUGUUUGACAUGUACCAAGGCCUUGCCAGCUACAAGAACUGGGACUUUGAGAUCUUCAACUACACACCUGCUGAAUAUGGUGGACUGCACCAUGCGGCAGUAAGGAUAGCGGGGGAGAGUGUGUACCGGCGUCUGAAGCAUGAGGGAGGGACACAYCGGGUCCAGAGGAUCCCCGAGGUGGGCCUGUCCUCCAGGAUGCAACGCAUUCACACAGGAACCAUGACCGUCAUCGUCCUGCCACAACCCAGCGAGCUGGACAUCAGCAUUGACCCUAAGGACCUGCGGGUUGAUACGUUCAGAUCGAGAGGGGCGGGAGGUCAAAGUGUCAACACAACRGACAGUGCUGUCCGAAUAGUACACCUGCCAACAGGUACGGUGGCAGAGUGUCAGACAUCCCGCUCUCAGCUGCAGAACCGUGACACGGCCCUGCGCGUGCUGAAGGCCCGCCUCUACCAGAGCAUGAUGGGUAGAGAGACGGAGCAGAGACUUACGGCACGCAAACAGCAGGUGGGCACUCGCUCCCAGUCGGAGAGGAUUCGCACCUACAACUUUAGCCAGGACCGCGUGACAGAUCACCGGACUGGCUAUGUGACCAGAGAUAUCAAGGAGUUCAUGAGGGGYGGGGAGCCACUGGAUGAUCUGAUCUCAGAGCUGUUGGAACACGGAGACAAGGAGGCUCUGCUGGACCUGGUGGUGACCUGCAGUCAGAGAUACUGACUCAAGACAGUGUGACGCCUUAGUUCUGGGAGCUAGCUGACAUGACCCACUGCUGCAGCACUGACAGGAGAACAGUCAUGGAACCWGUGGCGCGAACACUGAUCCUGGUUCAGUUUGUGAAAGAAUGGCGACUGGGUGGAGAAAAGAGAGCAGAGAGAGCCUGGCUGCAGAUAACCCAGCUCUUUAACCAGUCUCAAGCAUAUGCACAAUUACACCCUAGCAUCUUAAUAAAGUCCUAAAAUGUUA